AAGGAAUAUCACGCUGCCUCGGUCGUUUGAUAACGGCUGAGCGGUUGGUUUCGUUGCCGGAUACCAUCUUUAAAUCCCCCUCGCGCGCUUAAAUGCCACCCCGGCCACGGUCUCGCGUACCGGUCGUUUCUCGAUGAUCUUCGUGGAUCUUGCGAAGGCUCGUCGAGCGAACAAUUUUUCGAUGAAAUAGAUCUGGAGUAAUGAUGAGGAAAUUUCUUCCUCUACGAGGAGAAUGCAACGUUGUGUUUAAGAGCACCGAGAGCGUCGUAUUGGCAUCCGGCGACGGAUUUAGAGUAUCCUCAGUUGAUUUCUAAGCAUUAUGUGAACCAUGCAAACCAAGAGAAUAUUAAAAGUACGAAACCCUCGAUGGUUGUUGUACCGUCGAAAGGGAAACGAGCGGUGCUAGGUGAAAUAAGUAACAGGGUUAACACUUUGAGAGGCGCCGAGCCCAUCGACAGGAUUAGUUUAUUGCAAAAGAAGAAAGCGACAGUAGCGAAUCCGAAGCGGCAAGCUGUAAAGCCAGUAGCGAAUCCAUCCGAGAAGCCGCCAGUGCAAAUUGUAAAGCCGGUCGUGAAAACCUCUUCCAAUGUUGUAAAUAUUGCGUCCAAUGCGGUCGACGUGCCAGCUGCUCCCGUUAGUGUAAAGAGAGAAGAGAGGGACUCAUUUUCAACGGGUCUGAUAAAGUUUGAAGAUAUUGACGAGCAAGACAAGGAUAAUCCCAUUCUAGUGUCUCUCUUCACCAACGACAUACACGACUACUUGAGGACGUUAGAGAAAAAAUUCCCUGUCAAGAAGGGAUAUCUGGCGGGCCAGGAAGUCACCCCCAAGAUGAGAUGCGUGCUGGUAGAUUGGUUGGUGGAGGUGCAUCAGCAGUUUCGACUGAUGCAAGAGACGCUGUACCUCACCGUCGCGAUUAUCGAUCGCUUCUUACAAUCUUAUCGAAGCAUAGAUAGAAAGAAAUUGCAGCUGGUAGGUGUAACAGCCAUGUUUAUCGCUAGCAAGUAUGAGGAAAUGUAUUCGCCGGAUAUAAGUGAUUUCGUAUAUAUCACGGACAAGGCGUACUCAAAGGCAGACAUACUGAACAUGGAGAUGCUCAUUGUGAAAACUUUGGACUAUUCGUUCGGGCGACCGUUACCCCUGCAUUUUCUUCGAAGAUACAGCAAAGCUGGAAAGGCGCUGCCUAUACACCACACGAUGGCUAAGUAUUUCCUCGAGCAAAGCUUGAUUUACUACGAAUUGUGUCAUUAUCCACCUAGUCUCAUCGCUGCAGCGGGGUUAUAUCUAGCAUUUUUAAUUAUCGGUAAUGAUGAAGAGGACGAAGGCAAGGUUAUCUGGACCGAUACUCUAACAUACUACAGCACUUACUCCAAGGACGAUGUGUUACCUGCAGUACACGAUAUAGCUGCCAUAAUAGUUAACGCGGAAGACAGUAAAUAUCAAGCUGUGAGAAAGAAGUACGUCCAUGUGAAACACAUGAAAAUAAGUAUUCGACCAGAGCUUAAGUCGCCCGUUUUACUUUCCAUUGCAACAAGAAGCAAUGAGUCAUAAAAAAAAGUUGUAAUAAAACAGAAUAGAAUUUGUGAACUAUGAUUUUGAGAUAAUUUCAAUAAGGCGUUUGUCUGCCGCAUUAAAUUAUGUUGUCUCGAUGAGUAUUGCUCAUGGGCAUUACGGUUCAUGGGAGAUCGCGUCAAAGAAUGGAUUAUGAUGCAUGAAGGAUAAAGUUAGAACUACUUUAUCGCAAAGAUAAAUGAAACGUUGCACGCGCUAGACAUUUUUAAUGCACAAAUUUCUUAUUGAAAAGUCUAUUCUCGUUUAGUCACGUAACGAAAACAAAAGGAGACGUAUUUAGAGCUUUAUAUACAAACAUUUGUUAUUAUACGCAUGAAAAUUUAGUCGGGUAAUACUGAUGGACUUUUAUUUUGGACUGCCGUAGUGAAACUAGGUAUAGCGGAAAAAAAGAACCGUAAAAACGCAUCUUUUAUAAUGAAAUAUUAAAUAAAGCUUUUAGUUUUUAUUCCUA